UUUUAAUUUUUUUUUUCAUAUAAUGAUAUUCAUAAAUUCUUUUAACGGAAUUCUAAACAGGUUUUCAGUAUUUUUUCUGAAGUAUUUCGCUAUCGGAUGUUGGUAAUUUAGUACGUAAAUCAAUUCCCGAAAUUAAUUAGAUAAACAUUUCUUAUUUUUACACCACGAAGGAAGGUGCCCGAGUGCAUAAUGUUUCCACCGACGCGCAUUCGGAGCUGCCUUCCAGUCAUAAACCCGAUGUUCAGACGUUUAAAACCGCAUAAACCAUUUAGACAAACAUCGACCAUUCAUAAUCAAACAAAGAGCGUUAACACGGCCAGUACGAAAUUUCAGAAGACGAAAUGGAUGAAUUUCCGAGCGAUUUUUACAAAAUGGGUGCCUCUAGGAAGUGUAAUUUACGUUGGAUGGUGUUAUAUACGUGCAAGUGUAAAUUACGAGGUGUCGAAAGUAGAAAUAAAAUUUUACGAAAUGUUCCCUUUCCGGAUAACAAGUCGAUUGUGGGGACGGUUGGCGGCCUGCGAGCUACCAGUAUCAAUAAGAAGUUUCGUUUACGGUACGUAUGUUAAACUCUUCAAUGUUAAUUUAAAUGAUGCUGCGGUGAAAGAACUCACGUAUUAUAAGAGCUUAUCUGAAUUUUUCACUCGUCCUUUGCGACAAGGGGCUCGGUAUAUAUCCCCGGCGCCUUGCGUGUCACCUUGUGACGGUGUUGUCUUAAACUGCGGCCCAGCAGAUACCGAUAAAAUUGAACAAGUAAAAGGAGUGACAUAUAGCCUUGAAGAGUUCUUAGGUGAAAAUAAGUGGUCUAAUACGGAGAAUAAUUAUUACAAUUCAUUAUUGAAAAAUAAAAAGAAUAUACUACAUCAAUGCAUCAUUUAUUUAGCUCCUGGUGACUAUCACAGGUUCCACUCCCCUUGCGAUUGGACCUCAAACUUCAGACGACAUUUCUCCGGUAAAUUAUUGUCUGUAAAUCCUUGGAUGGCCCGACUGAUACCGGGCUUGUUCACUGUUAACGAAAGAGCUGUGUACAUUGGGGAAUGGAAGCACGGUUUCUUUAGUAUGACAGCGGUGGGAGCAACUAACGUUGGCUCAAUAGAAAUUUACAGUGACCCAGAAUUGAGAACAAACACAAAAGGCAAACGUAAUAGAAUUGAGGAGUUUGAAAAUACCGUUACUUAUAAAAAGGGUGAACUAUUCGGGCAGUUCAAUAUGGGCAGCACUAUUAUAUUACUAUUUGAAGCUCCAGCUGAUUUCAAAUUUGAGCUAAGCGCUGGCGAACGUGUGCUUGUUGGACAGGCCUUAACUAUGACGUCGAAGGAACAAGCUAGAUGACCGCUUUACACGGAUUUCCUUCGUAUAACACAGGCUGCUUUUAUUAUCUAUGUAAUUUUGCUAUUGCUGUAGCAGCCUUAUUGAUAACUAUAUUAGUCAUAACGGAAACCGAGAUUUUUAUAAGACAAAGCAUGUAAUAGUGAUAUUUUAAGUAAUUGCUCCAUAUAAGGUAGCUGUAUUACGGCAGUAUAAUUUUUGUUAUAAAAAAAAUAGAUGUACGUUUAAACAUUGUAUUUUAAAUAGUUUAAACGAUUAUGUUGUUAGACAACAAACCACCGAAUGUGUGAACGUACAUUAACAGUUUGAUAUUUGUAUAGAACGAAGGUUGAUGUAACGUAGAAUAACUAGGGGCUUGGUUUAGAUUUUUGAUAUAUAGAUUUUUUAUUUAAUCGAAAUAAAAGAUUCUAUAUUUUAUAUUGCUUGUGUGCUUAGAUACUUCCAACUUGACUUUUAUUUUAUAAUGACAUAAAAAAUAUUAUUUUACAAAUAAAUAAAAGCUUUCGAAAAUUUAUCAGUACGUAAGCUUGAAAUAAAUACCUACCAAUGUCCACUACCAGUGAAAAUGAGACAGUGCCAUUGUGACUUAUACAGAAAAAUUUUUACUUGAAAUGUGUAACCAUCAGUUUAGCUUUGGGACUUUUGACCAGUUUUGGAAGGCCUAGCUUAUUACUCUAUGCGUUAUAUAUUGCAAUACAUACUAUUUUUAUUUUUAUUUUUAUUUGUAUAUGUAGAGCAAAUUCCUAUUGUGUGAGGGGUUAGAUAAAACGACUUUGACCUGGAAUUGAUGCGAUAUAAAUCCAUGGUGUUUUGAGUUUCUCAGAACUUUGGGUAAAUAAAAUGGACGUGAACAUAAGUAAACAAGUGAAAUACUUUUGUGUUAUAAAUAUAGAUAUAUCAAUAGAGAACUGUUCCUAGCGCAUAAUUUACCAGUCAGUAGCAAAUGGAAGAUGUAAAUGUAAGUUUUGUUUAUCUUUACUCCUCCUGCAAUUGGAAUAAAUUUUUAAAAAUAUGUGGGUAAGUGAAUAUUCUCUCACAAGUUUUUAAUUAUUUGCGUAACUGAGUACAGAGCUUGAUUCUCAAUGUAUACAUUGGUUGUCACAUAUAACAACCUGAUCUACGUAAUAAUAAUAAAAAAAGUUAAGGAAAUUACAAUAAUACACAGACUAUAUAUGACUUUUAAAUUUGAUAUAGUGUUGCGAGGAUUUAAAAUAAAUAAUGUCGACUUCAUUCAAUUAAGCCAAACUCAGCAUUAAAGCCAAGUUAUAUAUAUUUUUAAAGCUAGUAAUACUUUUUAAAUCAGAUAAUUGUGUUUUAAAAGCUGGAUAUACCAAUGUCCUAAUAUUAUUGGAUAUUUGAUCUUACAGCGUUACAGUUCAUAUUUACAAAAAAUGUAGAUAAGCCUGAUAGCAGACUAAAUAUUUGGCUGAAGGUAACCAUAGAUAGCCAAAAAUGUUUGACGAAAGCCUAAAGUAUAUAGCAUUGCAGGCCAUAUAACCUUCUUUACGUAGUUUAUAAACUUAAUAAUCCUGUAUGACAUUGGUGCAUGUGUAUUGACAUGAAAUUGGCUUAUAAGCCAAUAAAAAAAAAAUUAUGUUUAAUUUUUGUAACUUUAUUUUUAAAUUCCAUAUAAUGGAAAUUUUAACACAUUACUUUUAUUACAAUUUUGAACCAAUGUUAAUUUAAAAAGUAAUACCAUUUCAAUAUUAUACAUACAUUAAUUUUUUUUUUUAAAUAAAUAAUGGAUAAAGAACUAACAGUUUACAUUUUUUACAAGCGCAUUAAUAACACAUAAAAUAAAACAUUAUAUAU